GGUACAGUAAAACUACCCAAAGGGAGAAAAAAAUUUCAGCCAUAUUACCUACCUUCCUUUGAUGCCACUGUGGACCAAAGAAGUCUGCCACUUGGAUAUGCUUUGGGAGAAGAAGAACCCGACCCACAAGAAGCAUGUGAUUUAGCAGAAUGCGAAACCGAAGACGACAACACACUAACCCUGACUUGUGGACWUUCCUUCCACGUCCUCUGCAUGCCUGCUCGCGCUCCUCGCAACUGCCCUAUAUGCCAUCCUCGUCUGCUACUCAAAGUCCAGACUCUGUCUAGCACUUUUAAUGCUGGAUUACUAAAGGUCGAAGAUGAUGAUGAUGCCGAAAGCGACGACGAAGAAGAUGACGAUGAUAACGACGACGACGCGAACCCUCCAAGAGAAAAUGCUUAUUACUCAACUCAGCAGUUUCGUGAAUCACUUGAUCGACGUUUUUGUCAGAGAAUUUCAUUAGAGUGAUCAUCAUUUGGUASGUAGUAGCGAAUAACUCAGAUAUUUCGAAAUAAUUGCCAAGGAUAAAUCUGCAGGUUAYGACUGAACAAGCAAAACAGUGUAGGUAAACUUACGCUUGUUCGGCCCACGUGUCGUGAGUUCAAAUGCCUCGUUUGAAAAAUGSUAUCAAAAUUUUUCGGAUGCUAUUUGAUAUGUUUAAGUUCAUUCAGUUAUCRUUCUUUUGCCGAAGUAUGAAGCUUAUAUAUCCAUAUCUGUCCUUAUAUUUGAAGAUUCUCCACUUGUCAUCGAACACUAGGAGAUGCGAUCGAAGUCCUUCUGAAUCAAGUCGAAGAAUUCAUUAUUUUGGCGUCAAGUCGACCACAAGCUUCAAAA